UCCAGCGCACACUUUGAUUGUGAAUGUGCGCUUUUCCACACCCACUGCUUUCAGUUCCCUGUCUACCUCAGCCAAAAAGGUUAAACUUAACUAAGUUCGGUCAUUAAAACUUGAGAAGCAGCUGGAAGCCUUAGCUGAAAGAAGGUUUGUGUGAAGAUGUCGGACCCUGAUACCCCAAACCAGCCUCUCAUUGGAGCUCCCAGUCAGCAAACAGUAGUAGAUGUAGGAGCACCUGCACAGGGUGGCCGUUCCACCCGGGCCUACAAGGUGGCAGGUCUAACCCUGCUGGCUUGUGUCCUGAUUAUGAGCCAGGCCAUGAUCGCCUACUUCCUCCUGAGCCAGAGGAGUGACAUCAAAUCUCUGGAGGAGCAGAGCAACAACCUGAAGACAGAGCUGACGAGGGGAAGAUCUGUUUCUGUGCCAAUGAAGAUGCACGUGCCCAUGAAUGCCUUGCCCAUGCUGAUGGAUGAUUCUGUGGAUGAGGAGUCUUCCACCGGUGCUCCAGGAAAAACUGUCCCUCAGCAGGCCACCAACUGCCAGCUGGAGGCUGCUGGUGUGCUUACUGUGCAGGUGCCAAAUUUCCACCCUGACUGCGAUGAGCGCGGCCUCUACCGUCCCCAGCAGUGCUUCAUGCACCAGUGCUGGUGUGUGAACCCCGCCACCGGGGAGCAGAUCCCUGGAUCCCUGAGGAAUGGACGGGCCAAAUGCGGCGCAACUGCCCUAAUCGGCAGCCGGAGCAACGUGCUGACUCUGCCUGAUGUUGCUGUCUGAUACUGUGCUGAUGAAAUCGCCCCCAGAGAUCAGCAACGCAUCAACUCCAAAUCAUGACAUGUUACAACUUUGUCAGCUUUUAAUCACCAUCUUAAAUGUUGCUCUUCAUAAUUUAAUGGUGGUUUCGUGUUCUGCUAAUAAAGUGCCAAAUAAUCAUUUAUUUGCUUGCUAUCUUCUUAUCUUACAAUCUGCAGCCAAUAUUAUAUAGACAGAGGUGACUUUUGCUAUUGAUAACGUAACAUCUUUCAGAGUUAAGGAUUUUAAUUUGAUAUUGCUUUAAAGGUUGUGUUUCUCAAAUUGUGUCCAGAGUCAGUUUGAUGAAUAUCUACAUGUCAAUUGGCAACAAUGUGUGGGCAGAGGGCAAUUAUUAAUAUAUUUUAUGUUAAGAGCAAUAUAUUAAUAUAUUUUAUGUUUAGAGCAGAUUUUUGGCAACGUGUAAAUUAAAACAAGACCACUGUCCACUACCCCUUUACAUUAUAUCUUUUAAUUAUUCAGAUAAUGAACACGAUAACUGGGCCUGUGAAUGUUUGGCAAAAGUUAAAGGGGUGAAAUUAUGAUUUAAAGUAUUGUAACACAUUUGAGCACAACCAACAACUGAGACAAAUGUAAACUGUACUUUCCCCUUUUAUUUGAGCAACCCAAAUAAACCUAUAAAAGACA